UUUUUUUCAUUUGGACUUUGGAGAGUGGCAGAAGAAUACUUGCUUCAUCUUCGAUCACGAACUCCACCAUCCUAAUCCAAAAUUUGUCAUACCGGGCUCACACUAUCGCUUCAAUUCACCCUAUCUCCAUUAUUGCAAGCAUUCAACUUCAUCGCCUUCGUUUUGCAAUGGCGGCGGCGAGAUUCGCAGUGCUUAAGAUCACCGGAGGCGAAAUGGGUAGCAUUUUAGGGUUCAGAAGGUGGAUGCAAUCUGUGGCCCAAUCUCCUCCUCUAGCUGGGAUCAUUGACAACGGGGUUCAAUCAUCACAAUCGGUUUUACCUGAGUUCAGUUCCCAAAGUUCCUACCUUGGUGGUUCUUUGGAGCUCAUGGCUGUGCCUAAAAAGAAGAUUUCAAAGCAUAAAAGAGGAAUAAGGAAUGGACCCAAAGCUUUGAAACCUACUCCUGUGAUUGUCCUAUGCAAGAGUUGUGGCCGUGUCAAGCGUCCACACUUCUACUGUUGUGGUGGAGAACGGAACAGGGGGACCGAAUGAUCAAACUAUUUGUAUUUAAGCAGCUUAAGUUGAUUGAUAGCUACCCUGCUAUUGGAUCUGUUUUCACGUUUAAAGAUCGAUAGAGUGGUGGGUGGACAGCUGGUUACUAAAAUUAUAGUAGGAGCAUCUGUGUACCCGAGAAAGAUAUUUGAUGUUAUAUUGUCUCCACUAAAGAGAAAUUGGCAGCUGUGUUUUGGUU